AUGAAUCCAUCUGCAUCUGAUACUUCUUCAGUCUUGAAAGAGUUGCAUCGAGAUCUUGUCCGGAAGUAUUCAAGGCAUGGAGCCAAGGUUGAGGAGCUAUGGCGCUCGUUUGGCCAGGGUGCACGCGUCAAGGCCAUGAAGGCUGGAGCAGCCAACGGCGAGGUGUUGAAGAACCCUACGGACCGAUCCAUGGGAAAUGUGUACAAGAUGCUCCCGGAGUGGAAUCUGCGCGAUGUGACGGAACCAGAGUCGGACUAUCUGCUGGACAUGCUGAAGCAUCGAGCGACCAAGACGCUCGUGGAACAGUACCAGCAGGGGGACGCGGAGUUCAUCUUCAACAGCAUUCGAGAUAAUGGGUUACGGCAUGCCGAUGAAUCGAAACUGAAAUAUUGUUUCGCACUUUUCAUGGAUGAACAGAGCUACGGGCGAUGCAUGCAGGUCACCGACCCGGCCAGGUAUCAGCAGACGAUGUCCGAUCUGGCUUUCGCGGUCAAUGCUCGAGUCUGCGUGCCCCAGACGACUGGCGAGUUGAUCAUGCAACGGCAGAUAUAUCUCUUGCAGUCGCUGAAUAUCAUCAUCGAGGACAUUCUCGACAUGGGCUCCACGACUCGCGCGUCCAACACCCGGUCGAAAAAGCCCGAGGACGUUGCUCGUGCGGCUCUGGAGAAGCUCUCGAUCGUUCCCAAGCCGGAAAAAUUCUCCCUCGCCCAGGUGAUUGCGAGUGCGCAGGAUCAGAAAUCGGCUCUGCAGGAUGACUUUGAUCUGUGUUGCACGGAACCUGCCUUCCUGGAACAUGUGGUCAAUUUGUGGUUCUUCAGUCGGCCUGAGCUGCUGCAGGACGAGAAGGGUCGGAUCCUGCCCCUUCACACCGACAAAUAUAUCAGUACGGCAUUUGUCGAAGUCAUCCACAGUUCUAUUGCCGGUGUCGCUGUUUGGGAUUAUCUCGGUCGUUUGCUGCAGGAGCUCCAGGAUAGACCGAAUGAUCGAACCUACCGAGGCAUUAUCCUGCAAGAGAUCUCGAAUAUCUGCCAUUUCGAAUACAGCCGGGUGCAGAACAUCUUCAAGCGCUACGUGCAACUCAAAUUCGGCUCCAAGUACUUCAAACGCGUCUCGGGAGCUUACGACAAUGGUGUUGCGCGGGUCACGAUGAAGCUCAAACCGGACUCCCUCACGCGAGAGAAACCGCAGGACCAUUACCUACUACGCCUCUGUCAGCCGGAGAAUAACGCCAUCAAGGCUAUCAGCUGGAUCAAGAAAUUGGACGAUCUUCAUAAAUCUUUCCCAGCCGAGCGGGAUACGAUGAGCGAGCAGGAACUUGAAGCGUUUGGGAAUUUGGCGGUGACGGCCAGCUUUGUCCAGGCUUUGGCCGCCUCGUUCCCACUGCCCCCCAAUAACCUGAAGAAGGGACACACAUACAUUCCCAGGCUGAAGGCGUUGAUGGCAGAGAUCGACCAGCUGAAGACCGAGAUCGACCUAUCCGACUAUGCAGUUCCGAUCGCUAACCUCCUGGAGCCCGGAAUGGCCGAGGGCGCGCUGAAGUCGUUGGACCAAUUCAUCAUCGACAAGACCGGAACCAAGAUCGGAUUCCUCUACCAGGACCUGAAUGAAGGCUGCCUGGCCGAGCUCAACGCUCACUAUGAACAGCAAAAGGAGAAGCUGGACAAUCUCUCCAAGGCCGCCGAGCUUGCCGUGCCGUCCGUGACCGAAACGCCCAGCCCUGUGGUCGUACAGGAACGAAAGGAAAAGCUCAAGACCCGCCCGGAACACUCUUCCAUCUAUGACAUCACCCCUGCAAGCGUGGCUGCUUCUUCUCAGCCCCAGCCUGGAGAAACCUCGCCGGUCUUCAAGGUGAAGCCCUCCUCAUUCAAGGUCUUCUCCACCCUCUUCUCCAGGGCAGUUUCGCGCGGAUCCAUCGCCUGGGCCGACUUUGAAGCAGCCAUGGCCAACCUUAAAUUCUCCGUGAUGCCCAAGUUUGGAUCAGUCUUUACCUUCUUUCCUCCAGAAGACCUUGACGUCCAGAGAUCCCUCACUAUCCAUCGACCUCACCAGUCUCGGAUCGAAGGAUAUACCCUCCUCCGGUUUGCGAAUCGCCUGAAGCGAUUGUACGGAUGGGGGGAACAGUCUUUCGAGGAGGAGUAG